AUGGAGGAUAAAUCGCUUUCCAUCUCCGCCGAGGAAGCUAAUAACCACGGCUGGCAGAAAGUUACCUACGCCAAAAAGCAGAGAAAAAAUCAGGCUACCAAAACAGCACCUGAUUCCUCAUCUAGGCUCCUCCUGCUUAACGGAUCCGACAAAGACAUUGUCUUUAAAGGCUUGGAGAAGCACGCGGAGGAGCGUCGCCGGAAAUUGGAGUCGCAGAGAGCCGCCGCGCCCGUUUAUGAUGAUGACGAUCGAAUCCAGGUGAGAUCGAGGAGGAAUCGAGGUGAAGAUGACUAUUUAGAGGACGAUUAUGGCAGUGGCGAUGCCAAGGAAAACAAUCCCGCGGAGGCCAAUAAGAAGGAGAAGCCGAAGAAGGUUAAGAAGCCUAAGGUUUCUUUGGCGGAGGCCGCCGCUAAAAUCGACGCCGAUGAUCUCGCCGCUUUUCUGUCCAGUGUUUCGGAGUCGUUUGAAGGGCAACAAGACAUUCAAUUGAUGCGAUUUGCAGAUUAUUUUGGUCGUGCUUUUUCGGCAGUGAGUGCAUCGCAGUUUCCAUGGCUCAAGUUGUUCCGGGAGUCCCCAGUGGCCAAAAUUGUUGAUAUACCUGCUUCUCAUAUACCUGAGUCUGUUUAUAAGACAUCAGUUGACUGGAUCAGUCAGCAUUCCAUUGAGGCAUUAGGGACGUUUGUUUUGUGGUCAUUGGAUGGACUUUUUGCUGACCUGGCACCCCAACAACUGGGAUCUAAGGCCCCAAAGAAAGGAAACCAACACUCAUCUUCAAAGUCUCAGGUAGCCAUCUUUUUAGUUUUGACCAUUGUACUUCGCCGGAAACCGGAUGUAAUGAUCACUUUGGUGCCGAAAUUGACGGAAAGCUCAAAGUAUCAGGGACAAGAUAAGCUCCCGCUUCUUGUAUGGAUUGUUGGUCAGGCCGGUCAAGGAGAUUUAGCUGUUGGAUUGUAUUUAUGGACACGUCUUAUUUUACCAAUACUUGAAGGAAAAUCAGGAUCCAAUCCACAGACAAGAGACCUCGUGUUGCAGCUUGCCGAAAGAAUUCUGGGUGCACCAAAAGCGCGUGGUAUAUUGUUAAAUGGUGCUGUAAGAAAGGGUGAACGUCUAAUUCCACCUGCAGCACUUGAGCUACUGUUGCGUGUAACAUUUCCUCCAUCCUCUUCAAGAGUUAAGGCUACCGAAAGAUUUGAGGCCAUUUACCCAAUUCUGAAAGAGGUUUCUCUUGCGGGCUCUCCUGGAAGCAAAGCAAUGAAACAAUUAUCACAGCAGAUACAGAGUAUGGUUGUAAAAGCAGCUGCAGAAGGUAUACCUGCUCUAUCUCAAGAAGCAGCAAGCAUCUUUGUAUGGUGUUUGACUCAGAGUCCUGAUUGUUACAAGCAAUGGGACAAGAUCUAUGAGGAUAACAUACAGAUUAGUGUUGCUGCCUUGAAGAAGCUUUCUGACGAGUGGAAGACACUUUCUUCCAAACAGUCGUCUCCUCAAGCACUUGUUGAAACUCUGAAGAGUUUCAGGCAAAAGAACGCAAAAGUAUUGAGUGGUGGAUUAGAUGUUUCCCUCCAAGAUUACUUUAGGAAUGCGGAUAAAUACUGUAAGACAUUACUGGCGAAACUAUCAAGUGGUCACGGCUGUUUUAAAAUGGUGGCGUUUACGGUGGUGGUGCUGGCUGUGGGGGCUGCAGUUGUGUCCCCAAGUCUGGAUGCACUGUAUUGGGAUAACUUGUCGGCUUUGCUAAGCACCCACACAUCCUUCCGAGAAAAACCUCUUGGCCAGUGA